GGUUUGUUACAUGGCCGCGCAGGCGCAUUGGUGCCCGCCUAGCUGUCAUGGCGGCGCUCUGGAGCAACGUUCCCCGGUGGGGAGCUGCUUUGAUCCCGGGGGCUCGGCAUCUCCGGGUCUUGAGGAGGAGGCCGAUUGAGGUUCUGUAUCCCCAGAAUGAGGAGGCCGCAGCCGCUGGCCGGGCCGGAGAGGAUCGUAGUCGCCCGGUGGCCGGGAGUCAGCGCGGCCCGGUGGCCAGGAACCCUGAGCCGGCCCCGAGAGGCCAGCCCCGGCCGCCCUUCGGCCCCCAUUCCCUGGACGGACUGUCGUACGAAAAGGCGUUUCCCGGCGACAAGCGGCUAGCAAAAGUUGUGACCCUCGCCAAGUCCAAGAAGUUCCGUGAGCAGCACGGGAAGAUCCUGGUGGAGGGUCGGCGAUUGAUAACCGAUGCCUUGGAAGCUGGAGCGCUGCUGCAGACUGUCUUCUUCAGUUCAGUGGAGAGCCUGAGGGAGCUGCCUCUGGACAAACUGAAACGUGUCCAGUUAAUAAAGGUCAAGUUUGAAGAGAUCAAGAUGUGGUCUGACCUUGUAACUCCCCAGGGAGCAAUAGGAAUUUUUGUCAGACCAGAUCACUCCAAGAUGAAAUUUCCGGCAGUUCAGCAGGAGCACACCAUACCCCUCUUCCUCAUUGGUGACAAUAUCCGAGAUCCGGGAAACUUGGGAACAAUACUGCGAUCUGCAGCAGCUGCAGGCUGCAGCAAAGUCUUGUUGACGAAAGGCUGUGUGGAUGUGUGGGAACCCAAAGUGCUCCGAGCUGGUAUGGGUGCGCACUUCCGCAUCCCCGUCAUUUUCAAUCUGGACUGGGAAGUCAUCCCGAACUACCUGAGUGGCAGCACCCAGGUUCAUGUCGCUGAGUCCUCACAGGGUGGGGUUGACCGUUAUGUGACCCCCCCUGACCCAGGAGCAGUCGGUAACCGGAGCUGGGUGCAGACUGAAUACCAGGAGAGUGACAGCGAGGAUGAAGAGAGUGUGUUUCCCCUUUCGCUGCCUAAAGUGGGCGCUCAGUGUUACUCCCAGCCUUGGGCUCGGGAAGUGACUGCAAUUGUGAUUGGUGGUGAGACAUACGGACUCAGCCUCGAAGCCCUCUCCUUAGCUGAGCAGACAGGAGGACAACGAUUAUGUAUCCCCAUGGUCCCUGGUAUGGACAGCCUUAAUUCUGCCAUGGCAGCGAGUGUGUUACUGUUUGAAGGCAGGAGACAGCUCCUGUCCCCGGUACAGUGACCAAACAGGACUACGGACCUAGCAGCAGGGUGGUUUAAAUCAGCGUCAGGACGUUCCAGCUUCACUCCAUACUGCGAUGAACCCGUUCAUUUGGGAGCAGAACUGAGGCCUGUGGGUCUGCAUGAGGCUGGCUGUCUAAAAUCAACAUUACACCCACAAGACUUCACGUUCAUUCAUUGCACAAGAACAGCUUUGGAAUGUUUUCAGAGACUUGAAACACACUGUACUAAUUGAACUGUAUGGAUUCGGGUUAGCUAGUGCCAUGCAAUGCAAGUGUUCCACCUUUUUUACACCGCAUACAAUCGCUGUGACUGGGGGAAGCCUUACCUUCCCAGUUCGGAUAAAUCCCCCUCCCCAAUCUUUCUGUUGUUUGAGGCUUUUAGCUCUGGCACUCAUCAGGACACAUGCAAGAAUGUCAAUUUUUUUUUUCCUUUAUUCAUUCAUGGGAUGAGGGCAUUGCUGGCUAGGCACUAUUUAUUGCCCAGAGGGCCUUUCAGAGUCAACCCCAUUGCUGUGGGUCUGGAGUCACAUAUAGGCCAGACCAAGGAAGGAUGGCAGUUUCCUUAGUGAACCAGAUGGGUUUUUCCUGACAAUUGACAAUGGAUUCAUGGUCAUUGUUAGGCCCUUAAUUCCAAAUAUUUAUUGAAAUCAAAUUCCACCAUCUGCUGUGGCAGGAUUCGAACCCCAGUCCCCAGAACAUUAUCUGGUCUCCAGGUUAACAAUCCAGCAUUAAUUCCACGAUGGUCACAUUUCAAAUGGUCACAGCACUUGAUCCUGUCCAAAAGCAUUGCAUUUGUUCUGAUGAUUGCAAGAUUCAAAAGUUCUUCAGUUUGUCCCUUCAGCAAUAUAUCCUGCACCUACAGCUACCAGUAACUUUUUAAUUGACUCUCGGAUGUUUGCUUUCACUGCCCCUAGGGUUGUCCAUUUUCAAUGAAGCCAAAUCUGGUUUAAAUUUAAAGCACUUCUGUAGUGGCUGUUUGGUGAUUUUUUUUUUCUAUUUAUGGUUAAGCUCACAGCGUUUGCGGGUUCUUUUCUGGUACAAAAGGCCAUUCAGCCCAUCUUGUUUGCGAUCAGUCGCACUUGAGAGCGUGCAACAGUGCAACCUGACAACUGACUGUGCGCUUCCUGUGUCACCGAGGAAACAAGAAGAUCAGCACACUUGGGGAAAGAUGUGGCCGCCGUAGAGUGUGCGCAGAGAUUUACACAGCUGAUGCCUCAAGUUUUAGUUACGGGGUGAGAUUGGACACUGGCUGCGGUUGUUUCUCUUGGAGCAGAGGGGAAUUCAGAUGUACCAAAAAAAAGGUGAUAGUUAAUGGAUGACCAGUUCCUUCUCCUGCAGUUGAAGGAUGUUUCAUCCAGAGGGUUAAGAUUUUGAGGGGAAACAUUUUUCACCCAAGAAUGGGGUAGGUGGGGGCUCCCAAAAGGCUGAUUUAUAUAUAUUUUUUUAAAAGUACUUUGGUAUGUCCUCGAAGUGCCUCAUUUUGCAUUGACUGAGAGCUGGAAAGUGGGGUGUGGUUGGAUUAGUGACCUGUAGCGUAGUGCCAAUAAGGAUGUGCCGAAAGGCCUCUUUUGCACCGUGUGUAAACUUUCCUGAUUCCAGUUGCAGCUCCCACCUUGGUUGUACCGCUAUCUACAGUAAAGCAGUAAAACACCGUGCCUUGCUGGAGAUCAAAACCAGGCACUGCAGCUCCACGUCUGAGAUGUGGGUCAUUGCUGCCCAAAACCUUUUCCUGCUGUCAUCCUGUUUGUAGAAUCCCUGCAGUAUAACAGCAGGCCGUUCAGCCCGUUGAAUCCACACUGACCCUCCGAAGAGCAUCCCACCCAUACCCAUUCCCUACCCUAUCCCUGCAUUUCCCACGACUAACCCAUCUAGCCUGCCCAUCUUUGGACCAUGGCGGGGGGAACCGGAGCUUCUGGAGGGAACCCUCUUGGACACUGGAAAAACAUGCACACUGCGCACACGGUCGCCCAAGGAUGGGGUAAAAUCUGGGUCCCUGGUGCAGUAGGGCAGCUGUGCCAGCCACUCUGCGGCUCUGUUUCAAGGCUUUGAAAGUGCCACGUCACCUCAGACAGAACCGCGGGGGCAAGCCGGGGGGGGCGGAAUCCGGGAGGGUAGAGCUCUGAGAACCGUCCAAAUAAAAGUGACGUUUUACAGGGACCUCACUGCCAGUAAUGCUCAGUCAAAUCUGUAUUGCAGUUAUUGCUAACCUGGACCCCUGAAUCACCCACUGUUUAAGAAGCCUUGUUGUCUAUUCCUUAUAUCCUUGGGCGCUCUUUCAUCCAGGGCAGUCUAUUGGAAGAAAAAUCUCAUCAGUGGCCACCAUCGUUCCAUCUAUCAUUCAUGUUCAGCUUAUUUUUAUUUUACAUCUAAAAGUGCUAUCCCACACAACUCCGCAACCUUCCCUCCACCAAGUCACCAAUUUAAAAACUACUAAUCACUACCAGUAACCAUCCAUUGAGUAACUCAAAUAUUCAUGGACAAUGUGAACCAGCAAACUGAGGGUUUGGGGGGCAGUGGGCAAGGACUAAAUCAAAAUGGAGUUGGAGGGGGUUAAAUAAAGUGCUGUAUUGCCUGGCGCCCACUUCUCUCUAAAGGGAUCAAGAGCAAUUCAGGUUCUUGUAAACUGUUUCUCAGAUUGUGUUAGUAGAUUUGAUUCUGUUUCUGACUGGGGUAGCAUUGUACUACUUCAAGCUCUGUGAUGACUCACAGCAAAAAGAGUUGCUGCUCUCAUCGGAGUAAGUAGAUGUUAACGGUCUGAAGCAUUGGAAAGCUUCAACCAGCAGUAAAGAG